AUGGGAUUUUCGUUGUACAGUCUUAUCGAAGCUGCUCUCCUCUGCGUCAAUGCAGUGGCCAUCUUAAACGAACAACGAUUUCUUUCUCGAAUAAGUGGUAAUGCGAAUAAUCAAAACUAUCCAGGUGCUGGUGGCUAUGGUAUGGAACAUCAAAACACGGGUGGAGCUAAGCAACAAUUGUUAACAUUGAUCCGGUCGGUUCGGACUGUUAUGAGAAUUCCAUUGAUUGCAUUCAAUAUUAUCAUGUCAGUUAUUACAGGAGAUUCGCCGUUAAAUUUAGAAAAAGAUGUCGAACGAGCUAUUGUGUUACUUGAUCGUCUCCGUACGACAAGCGAAAUUCCCGAAGCGAAGUUAACAGAACUACAACGAAUUUUACAAAGUGACUUUUUUCACGCUGUCUUAGAAGUUUACGAAAAGCUCUAUGAAACUGUCGAAAUCACGGGUUCACCAGAAGUUCGAGCGAAUGCAACGGCAAAAGCCACGGUUGCUGCGUUUGCUGCUAGUGAAGGUCAUGCUCAUCCUCGAGUCGUUGAACUACCUAAAACAACUGAAGGACUGGGCUUUAACGUCAUGGGUGGACGAGAACAGAAUUCUCCGGUUUACAUUUCGCGUAUAAUUCCAAAUAGUGUUGCGUGGAAACAUGGUGGUUUGAAAAAAGGUGACCAACUAUUAUCUGUCAAUGGUGUCUCAGUGGAAAACGAAUAUCAUGAAAAAGCGGUCGAGUUGCUGAAACAAGCACAAGGAAGUGUCAAAUUGGUCGUUCGCUACUCUCCGCAAGUUUUAAUCGAAAUGGAAAAUCGUUUUGAGAAACAAAAAGCAGCGAAAAAACCGGCCGCAUCACCUGUAAAUAAAUAA